GAAAUAUUGUUUACUUUCUCGGCCAUCACUAAUUGCUAUAGCAACAACAAGCCACUUGCAUCUGCUGCAGGUUUUUGGCGAUCAGCAGCAUCUGGAAGAUAUGAGUGAGGAAUGAGCGAUACUGACACGGACGACACCGAUCUGUUGUUGCUCAUACCGCCAAACUACUACACCGACACGGCGGAGCGGCUUUUGAGGGAGGUGAAGAUGAGCGCGUUCGCAGCGCAGGAUGCACUUUCCAUGCCCCCGCCUCCGGCUCCAACCAGUGCCGCCUACCAGUUCCUGCAUCCCAGCAAGAAGUCCGAGCUCAACCACAUAAACACCCGAUUGCAGAAUGUGGGCCUAGAUGCGGAAGACGACCGGCACUUUGAUGCCCUAUCAGAUAUCUCUACAAUAUCCACCAAUACAGUACGGACUGCAUCGGCCGAGGUAAAACAGCCCAGGGAGCUCCACGGCAUGGUGCACUCCACACCAAAGGGUGGCUCCGUAGAGCCCCCACGUCAGCGGAACAUGGAUGACAAUAUACUGGUAGAGAUCGAUCACUAUCUGGACGAAAAGAACGCGCACCGGUGGCGCCCUGAUUUUCUGCAACACCACAACGAAAACCAUUUGAGGAAUGAGAGAAUCGCGCAGGAAGGCCAUACAGGAACCAACUCAUUGCCAAGCAUUCGUUUGCCCAGCUCCUCUUCAUGCGGACUCGCUGCGGAACCGGUCAGGUGCACCCGCAACAGUCUCGGACCAAGUGCGGACCACAAGCUCAUCAGUUUGAGUGAGCUGUGGGGCAAAAGCUGCUCUGAUGCCGGGACUGUCAACGACCACCGCACACCCAAUCGCAUCCCAUGUUCGCCAUCUCUGAAGGAGGAACAGCUACGACGCCAGCACCUGGAAAAGACUGUACGUUCUCUCCAGUCACAACUGCUGGAGUAUCAGCAGCGCAUUUCGGUGGCCAUUGAUGUGGAUCGUUCCAAAGACGCGGCACUAAAUGAGGCUGAAAAGUUAGCCAAGAGUCUGAGCUAUGAAGUGCAACAACUGCGGGACUCACACCAACAACUGGAGGCUGCGAGGGGAGAGUACCACAGCAAAAUUGACACCCUGCAGCAUGAGCUAGCCCAGGCGGUGAACCUGGCCACCAAGUUCGAAGAGAAGAACGAAAAACUGGAGGGAGAGGUUGACCAUCUUAGGCAGGAUGCCAAGGAGUGGGAACACAAGAUGGAACUAAUGGAAGCGCAACUCCACGGCAGCAGAAGGUCGGAGGAACUUUCUCACGCCGAACUAAACAAGCUCCGGGACAGGUUCGCCAAAGUGGACUACCAGCAGGAUAAGCUGAAGGCCCGCAUAGAAGAACUGGAGAAGGAGAGGAAUACCUUAUCUAACCAAAAGGAGAUGCUGCAGGAGUACCAUCAAAAGCAAAAAUCCCGAGCAGACUCCUUGGAAAGCCAACGCAAGUCUCUGCAGGAAACAUUAGCCAGUCUUACAGAGACCGAGACCAAUCUUAAAAAAAAGCUUGAAGUCCAGCAAAAGUCUCUCAAACAGUAUUACCAGCAGCAAAUGGAAAACGUUGUGGCCAAGAAGAUGCAGGAAUUCCAGAACCAACUGGACAAAAACGAAGAGCACUUGAAGGCCGAGGCCCGCGAGCGGGAAAGACUGAUAGCCGAGCGGGCGGUUAAGCAGCUGGAAAUGAUCAACGAGAAAAACAAUCAGGAGCUCAGUCUCAUCCAGGAGAAGCACCACGAGGAGGUGGAGCUGUACCGCCUCCAGUUAGCCAAUGCGUCCAAGAAGAUCGAUGAGCUUGAGCUCAAGCUGAGCUGCUACAAAACUAAGCGCGCCGACAUUGCGGAGAAACUGCAUGGGGUGAUGGAGGCCCAGUGGCAGCAGGCCCUAGCCAUACUGACCUCCCCCGGCCAGAACUCCCAGAUCCCCGCUAGCGAUACGGAGGGCGAGUCCCCGGAUCUGAACAACGCCCGUGUGUACCCUGACGUUGAGACACCGAAGACUAGCAAAUCGCAACGCAGCAACAACACCGAGAAGAACAACCUGGAUGUGGUCGGGAAACGUGAUCCCGCCUCUCCCAUGGACAAACUGCAAGCCUAUAUCGAGCUGCUCCUCAGCAAGUCGCCGAGUGAUUUCGACAAGCUAGACGAGAUUUUGGCGCUAACCAGCUCCAAGAAAGGUGGACCAGCCAGCAGACCAAAGAGUGAAGGCGGAGGCAGCAAGCUGCCGCCCUGGAAGUGCUGACAGCCGGCAAUAGCGUCGCUUAUAAGGAUUGUACUUAUUGGUAGUUCCGUUAGAAUUAGAGGUAUCCCCACGGAUAUGCCCCCUAGGAAUAAGAAGCGUUUUAUAAGUAAAGCGAUUAUAUUUUGCAAAA